GAUCUGUGAUGAAUUUAAUUUAUCACUAAAUGGAUGCUUAUGGUAUAAUCCUAAGAAGUAUUAGACGUUCAAACCUUGAAAUUGAAUACACAUAAUCUAUUGGUAGAAGUUCAUUCUUGGGUAUUUAAAGGUAUUACAGAGCUAUUGUAGCCUCAGACAUUUCUUAGGAAGCAAUAGUACAGGAAUACAGAAGCAAAAUGCAUCUUCCACUGAUGGUAAUAUCAAGUUUAAUUAUUUUUGCUUGUCAAGUAUCAAGUGAAAUUAACAGUUACGAAUACUCUGACCAACAACCAUUGCCACUUGUUUAUACCUUAUAUCCAUUUUACAAUUCCGAAACAUUGCUCGAAGUAUGGAGGACUGCUAAAACUGUUGAUAUUUCUACCGAUGUAGUAACUGUAGCUCCACGUGACCAGGAACAAACAGUUUUAUAUAGUAAUAAUAUUCAUAAAAAUGAUAACAAUUUGAAGUCACAAAAUAAUUUAUCUUAUUUUGCGAAUGACGUGAAAAACGUAAACGAGGAUGAAUUAUCUAAAAACAGACAGCGUCUUUCUAAUUAUGGAAACAGACACAGAGAUAGAAAUGUUGAAAAUGAGUAAGAGGACAGUGUUUGGAGGAACUAAACUGGGUAUAACAAUCUGAAGGAAUUAUUUGCUUACAGCAAAGUGUAGUUAGAUUUUAUUAUUGCUAUACUGUGAAUGAAAUUGUGAAAAUUGUACUUGUAGCUAGUAUUGAAAUAUUUUAUAAUUAAAAUGUGCUUAUAGAAAAUAUUAAAA